CUUGAAGAACAUGAUUAUCUCUGCACUCUUGACAUCCGUUGGGAUAAACACUGGUCUCUGUGUAGUGUUCUUCGCAUGUUACUCCAUAUUGAGGAAGCAACCAAGUAACUAUGCAGUCUAUAUACCGCGCCUACUUGCUGAGGGAACAUCCAAGAGGAUACCACGUUUCAAUCUAGAGAGAAUAAUACCUUUCUCCAACUGGGUUGCAAGAGCAUGGAAGCUCUCUGAGGAUGAACUUUUAUCAUUGUCAGGAUUAGAUGCUGUUGUGUUUAUGCGCAUGAUAACGUUCAGUUUGAAAAUAUUUACUUUUGCUGGGAUUAUAGGGAUCUUUGUGCUUCUUCCAGUCAAUUGCUGGGGAAAUCAGCUGCAAGAUUUUGAUGUUGUUGACUUCGCCAACAACUCAUUGGAUGUGUUCACAAUAUCAAAUGUAAACAGUGGUUCUAAUUGGUUGUGGGUUCAUUUCUUUGCUGUAUAUAUUCUCACUGGAUUUAUAUGCUUACUACUUCACCAUGAAUAUAAGUACAUAGCUUUGAAAAGACUCUCUUACUUUUAUUCAUCCGAUCCUCGGCCACAUCAGUUCACCAUUUUGGUUCGCAGCAUUCCAAGCUCCUCAAGUUACAGUAUCAGUGACAGUGUUGAGAGCUUCUUUAGGGAGUUUUACCCAUCUACAUAUGUGUCGCACGUGGUCAUUCGUCGCACAAACAAAAUCAGAAGUCUCCUAAUUAAAGCAAAGAAUUUGUAUAAAAAGAUUACUCAAUUACGAAAACACAAUCGCCAAAAGAAUAAACAAGGUGAUUAUUUUCGACUUUUUGGACAAGACGAUGGUCUUAUAGAUCAAUAUGGCAAGAAGUUGAGCGAAAUUGAACAGAAUGUAAGAUUGCAUCAGUCAGAGAAUUCACUGGCAACAGAAGAGGCUCGAGCUGCGUUUGUGUUCUUCAAGUCUCGUUAUGCCGCUGCAACUGCCUUCCAUAUGCAGCAAUCAGUCAAUCCCACCCAGUGGAUUGCUGAGCCAGCUCCAGAACCUCGGGAUGUUUACUGGCCUUUCUUUUCUGAAUCAUUCAUGCGAAGAUGGAUUUCUAAAUUGGUGGUUUUAGUUGCAACUACUCUAUUCACACUUUUGUUCCUUAUACCAGUUGUGAUUGUACAGGGCCUAACCAACCUCAAACAACUGGAAGUUUUGUUUCCGUUCUUGACAAGUAUUCUAACCAUAAAAUUUGUUACCCAAAUAAUCACAGGAUAUCUUCCCAGUCUUAUUCUUCAAUUGUCUCUGAAAGCGGUACCUCCUAUCAUGGGGUUCCUUACCUCCAUGCAAGGUUACAUCUCACAUAGUGAUAUAGAAAGUAGUGCAUGCAACAAAGUGAUAUGGUUCACAGUAUGGAACGUCUUUCUUGCAACUGUCUUUUCUGGGUCAUUUAUAUCCUUGCUAUCUGUCAUCCUUGAUCCAAAGCACAUUCCUGAGAGGUUGGCAGUUGCUGUUCCAGCACAGGCAUCUUUUUUCAUUACUUAUGUUGUCACAUCAGGAUGGACAAGUGUGACAUCAGAGCUCUUUCGGAUAAUUCCUCUACUUGGCAGUUUGAUUACAAGGCCCUUCUCAAGUCCUGAUGAUGAAUUUGAAGUACCAUCUCUUCCUUUCCACAGGGAUGUUCCAAGGGUCCUUUUCUUUGGACUUCUUGGUAUCACAUAUUUCUUCCUAGCUCCACUAAUUUUACCAUUCCUAUUGGCCUAUCUCUGUCUCGCAUACAUCAUUUAUCGAAACCAGUUUAUAAAUGUAUAUGCACCAAAGUAUGAAACUGGUGGGAAAUUAUGGCCUACAGUGCACAAUACAAUGAUUUUCUCUCUGAUACUCAUGCACAUGAUUGCACUGGGAAUUUUCGCAUUGAAAAAACUUUCUCCAGCAUCCUCCUGGAUGCUUCCUCUACCAGUUCUCACUCUUCUCUUUAACGAGUACUGCCGAAAGCGAUUCUUGCCCAUAUUUAUCGCAUACUCUACAGAGAGUUUGAUUAAGAAGGACAGAGAAGACCAAAAUGAUCCAAGAAUGGCUGAAUUUUACAAGAAGUUGGUAAUUGCUUAUAAAGACCCUGCUUUGCUGCCAUUUCAAUACACAUCAAACACUGAUGAUCUAUUCGAUCCCCUAUUAUCUUAAGUUCAACACUGAGGCACAAUAUUCAUUCAUUUAUGUCCAGUUGUAUAGGCUGUUCCUCUAUGUGAUGCGAAAUUAAUUACUAUUUCUUAGAACAGUGGAAUGCAGGUGUGCCAUUGUGUGCAAAACUGCAAAUAGAGUUGUUGUGAAUUAGAGUUAGCAAUAUUUGUCCAAUCUUCAUUUGUUACAUUCAGAAA